GGAACAAAAACGUUUAAAGGAGAACAGUAAGAACAAUUCUUCUUCUGCUUUUAAAAAGGUAGCAGAGAUUAAAUGCUUAAUUUUUUUCUAUUUGUCUAUGGUUGUCACACAUACGUACAAAGGCACAUGGGUGUGUUUUACUUCAUACACUAACUAUAGGAUAAGUACAGCCAGGAAGGGUGUGGUUUUACUCUGUCAGCUGAAUUAUAAGAAAUCACACAGUCUGAUCGUCCCUGCUGAAGUGAAUAAACUAAAGAAUGAAGUCCAAGGAUGAGUCCACCAUUUGUUGGCAGCAACCAAAUGUCUUUCGGCAUAUUCAGCAGUAACAUGGAAAACAUGCCAUCAAGGUUCAAUGAAACACAGACAUGAUAUCUACUGGAGGAGGUUUCACCACAUUCCGGUGGCUGUGCACCAUUAUUGGACUAAUUUUUUAUUUAGGAGACAUUAUAUCAGAUUUUUUGUUAACUGUGCAGUAUUUCAAGAGAGGACAUGUCAUCUGGGCUACACUUACUCUCGUGUUCAUAGUAAGCGGAUCUUUGUGCAUACAGAUAUUUAGUUAUGCAUGGUUUAAAGAUGACAAGAAAAAUAAUAAUUAUGAAGAAGGUAACAGGCCUCUAUCGACUGGACGUCUGAUUGGGAUACAUGUACUACAGAUUGGCAUUUUCACAAGGUAUCAGCAUCUGUUGAAGAGAAGUUUCAAUGCCCUGAGGUUAGGCCAGACUCAAGAGGAUGUCCAGUUACGUCUUUUUGCCCUAGCUACAGAUCUGAGCAUGCUUCGCUUGUUUGAGACUUUCCUUGAAAGUGUUCCUCAACUUGUUCUGCAACUCUUCAUCAUACUGGAGCACAACCAUCGCUCCACUUUACAAUAUAUCAGCAUGGCUAUGUCUUUUCUCAACAUAGCUUGGGCCACGGUGGAUUAUCGUCGCUGUUUCCGGCGUUCCCUAACUCAAGUCAACGAGAUGCCUGCUGGAAUCCCCACAGCUGUCUAUCUGCUCUAUAAAAUAUUUACCAUAACCCCUCGAAUCCUCAGCCUCACCAUCUUCAUCAUGCUUUCCACCUUUAGCACUAUUGGAAUGGCCUUCAUCUGGCUACUGGGAACCAUCUGGGGUUACAUACAAAAUACUGACUUUUGCACUUCGCAGCGACUUGAACAUCUUUAUCGAGCCACUGUUGGAGUGAUCCUAGUUUUUACCUUCUUUAAUAUUAAAGGGGAAAAGACCAAAAAACACAUGGCGGUGUAUUACGUCCUCAGUACGAGUCAAAACCUUGCUGCACCCAUUAUGUUGUCUCUGUUCAAGCCGGCAUCUCAGGGUACAGACUAUUUCUUGCCCAUUAUAUUUUUUAUUUUUUUCUCAAAUUCGAUGGGACUGGGUUUUCUGGGACUUUACUACAGUCUCAUGCAUCCCAGAAGUGAAAUCGGAGCGCAAGAUGAGGUUGAUGGAAGUCAAGUGGAGCAAGGAGUCGAGCAAGCACCGGUGGAGAAGGCACCAAAAACACGUUUAGACCGUUUUUUACAAAUAUGAUGUCUUUAUUAUAUAUUUUUUACAUAUUUUACAAAUAUGAUAGUGCUGGGCAAAGAUUAAUCGCGAUUAAUCGCAUACAAAAUAAAAGUGCUUUUUUUGCAUAACAUAUGAGUGUGUGCUGUAAUUAUUAUGUAUAUAUAUGUUUUUAAAAAGCAUUUACAUGUGUAUAUAUAUUUAUUUAUAUUUUUAUAUAUUCUAUAUUCUAUAUUAACAAUAAAAAUGGAUAUAUAAAUAAAAAUGUUCUGAAAUGUAUAUUUGUAUGUGUGUGUGUUUAAAUACACAUAAUAAUUACACACAGUACACACACAUAUAUUACGCAAAAAUGCACUUUAAUUUUGUAUGCGAUUAACCGCGAUUAAUCUUUACCCAGCACUAGUUUUAUAGAUAUUUAUGAAUAUGCACUGGAACUGAUGGAGUACAAACAGGGGGUCUAAGCUUUAAAAAAGUGAUGACACUUUUACAAUAAUGUUGUAUUAUUAUUUUUUAACACUAGUAAAUGCAUUAGCUAACAUAAACAAAAAAUUCUACAGCAUUUAUUAAUAUUAGUUCAUGUUAUUUUCACCAUUUAUUUCAUCAUAAUAUGAAUAUAUUAAUUAAAAUAAAAAGUUGUAACUGUUACACUUUAAAAAAUAAAAAAGUAAAAACAACUUGGUUUAACAACAAGUUUUGGCGUGGGAAAAGAUGACAUAACUUAUAAAUCAAGAUGAAACUUAAUAUUUUCAGUUAAAGUAACAUAAAAAUAUAUGUUGAUUUGACAAAAAUGCUGCAUAUAUUUUAUAGUGCAUCAGCUACAUUCGCUAGGAUCGUCCACAAUCUUUGAUCUGUAAUUGGUUAAUGCACCAUGAGCCAACAUGAGCAACUGUAUUGAUAUUAACAUAAACAAGAAUACUAAAUGCUGUAAAAACUAUAUUGAUCAUUGUUAGUUCAUGUUAGCUAAUGCAUUUACUAAUGUUAACAAAUGCAACCCUAUUGUAAAGUGAUACCAAAAAGCUCUAACAGGUUUAAAAACUAACAUGUUUAAAAGCUGCUAAGGAGGACAUAUCUGUUUUUACAUAUGAACCAUACAGGUUUUACUGAAUCUGUAAAAUGUUUUAUAAUCUUUUUGGUGCUGUGCCUUUAGUUCAUUUCAUUCUCUCAUCAUCAAUUUUCUGUUGUUGGCAUAAUCGCCACAAAAGUAACACAAGAUGGCACUGUUGAUCCAAAAAUCUUAACAAAAUUACCACCGCCUUCUUGGUGAGAGGUCUUCUGUUAAUCCACAUCACAUGUGAGAUUGAGAUUUAUAAAUGUUAACUUUUGUAAUUUGAAAAAUAAUUCUGUCUAUAACUGUCAGCCUGUGACUUUAGUAUAGGGUACAUGAAACAACAUUUAAGAUUCCAUUUUAACACAGUUAUAAUUUAUGGAAAGAUCCAAAAUAAAAUGGGUCUUAACAGUGUUAUUUUAAUGCAACUUUAAUGUACCACAACUGUGUACAUAUGUCAAACAGAUCAAAUGUGAGUCUGAGAGAUCAUACGCAGAUCACCUGUUUCAAAGCUAAUUUAAAGAUAACAAACCAAUCCAAUGCUGUUUUCACUACCUUCAAAAUGUUGUGCAAUAUUGAGAUUUCUUUCACAGCAGUAGCUUUUCAAAUAAACACAAGUAUUUUUUUA